UAUUGGCUUGCUAGCUAGCCCUUUCAUUCACAGAAACAGAAUUUCAUUCACAUUUUGUUGUUUUUAUCUGCUUCUAAUGAAGAGAACUGUUUGGGAGUGACAGGGAAUUUUGUUUUCUCUUUGGAUAACAGUAGAAAUAAUCUAUCGUGUGUGUGUAUUUGCUGUUGCUAUGAUAGCAAGGGGAAGGAAAAAAUGAGUUCUGUGCCUAUGCUGUAGGAGGUUUGCGACAUGAUGAAAGGUGAUUCUGCAGCUCACUAGAAACUUGCUUUUAGGUUGAAUAGGACAUUUCUAUUGUUCAUCAAUCCUGGAAUCAGACUUGUUGGCUUCCUUUACUGUGCUACAAAUUAUACUAAUUAAAUACAAUUAUUUAAAACUGUUUAAAUGGCUUAUAUACUGCAGCUUUUUGCUCACAGUUGUUGAGGAGACCCUCAAAAUGACUUAAUAACAUGCUGUGGUGAGUCUCACUUAUUUUAAAAGGAAAUUGCUCAUUUUUAAGACUAUUUUUAUUUUUUUGCCUGUGCUCUGCAUGCUCAAAAAUUAGUAAAGCUAAUUCCACGUCAGAAAUUAGUGGGGAAUUUUUUGAACCUGCACUGGACCUUUCCAGUAGAGGGAAUUUCCCAUUUGUUUUUAUCAGAUGGGAGAAGGAAUGCAAAUUUUUAUCUCAAACCUGACAUCUGACUUUUCAAGAGAAAGGAUUUUCCUGUGGAUUAUAUGCAUAAUGAAAGCAAGAUCAUUUCUCCUCCUUACUGACUACAGGACAUCAAGCUACAACUGAAAGGAAUUUGAUUUUUUAAAAUUCUGUUUCCUAGUAAUUUUUAUGGUUUAAACAACAGAAACCUUCAAGUGGUAUUGAGCUCCAUGUAAAGUUCUUUCUUUGGGAUGGAUUUCUGUGGAGAAAAGGCAAAUUAUUUCUGAAGCUUGUUACCAUAUUUAGGAAAUGUUUUUCUUUUGAUAUAUGUACUUAAUUUACUGGAUAAGGAAAAAGGGACUACUAUAGCUUAUUAAGAGAGAUAAGUGCUGUGCAAAGGUCAGAUGCAGCCAUUUUCUUAAGAAACUGCAUUGCCACAAGACACUUGUUAUGGCUGCUCUGCUGUUUUGGGGUGUGGUAUGGUGGGGGGAAGGAAAUUAGUGUUUUGUUUUUACCUAAUAGAGCAUUUUUCCUUACUUUUAUUUUAAAACUGUAAUUCUAAAUCAUCAGGGCUUGAGGAAGGUCUUUUUUCUUAAAAGUAAUUUUCAUAUUCUUAAGUAUACUGUUGAAUACGUCAAAGACUUAGAAAGAUGAGUUGAGUGGGAUAGUUUUAACCCCCGAGGCAGAAUUACAGAUUUUUAGAAAGUUAAUUUAACAAAUUAAAUUGUUCUAAUAUGAUAUGAUCUCUGGGUGGGCAUGUUUCACUGAGAUACUGGCUUUACUUCUGUUAUCAAAAAAGUGAGGGUUCAAGGAAGGUGAGAAAUAAAAAAAAUGGAAGGAAAUAUCUUUUGAGAAAAAUAGGAAAAAGGAAAUUGGAGAAUUUUGAGAAUUGAUUGGUUCUGGUGUGCUGUAAGUGGGUGGAUAUGCCUUUUUUUUUUUUGCUACAGGAAGUUGUAAGUGAUUUGCUGUGUUCACUGAGCCUUUGUUGAAGAGGGUCUCCUCAUUUGUGUGAGUCAUGCUUUUACUGUGAGAGACUUGGCAGCUAAGCAGGAUUGGAAUCUCUAUCAGAAAACUAUUACUUUUCCUAGUCUAUGGAACCAUAGGCAGUUUUCUUUCGUGGCUUUUGUUUUAUUUUUGAUGGAGUGUGGAACAAUUUUCUUCUCCUUUUCUUCCUUCCUUUAAAGACUUUUUUUGGGGGGAAGCAUACCAAUUUUACUGUCCUUACUCAAUUAUUAUGUAUUGUCUGCUAUGAGAGAACAGGUGUUUUCUGGGUUGGCAUCAGCUCUGCCAAAACAUAUACAGGAAACCAGAUAGAAGGGCAUGCGUCAACAUACCAAGUAUAACCGCUUCAGGAAUGAUUCAGUGACAUCAGUUGAUGAACUUAUCCACAAUUUGUCCACGAACACCAGCAAGGUCUCAACAAUUGCCACAACCUCAGCAAUAUCAUCCUCAUAUGUGGUCUCAACCAAGGUUCUCCAUAAAGACCAGGAGGAUGGACCCACCACGCUUUGUACUCUCAAACAUAAAGUAUCUCACUUGAAAUUCUCCAGCUCCAGUAACCUUUUGGGCAUCAAAAACCUGCCUUCUGCAGUGAAGGACCUUGCUGUUUCCAAGUUGCCAGGCAGCUUGAGUGUUCCUAGCUCAGCAUCAGGCGCUUCAGACAACACAUGUAACCUUGUCUCUGCCACUCUGUGUUCUCAGCAGAACACAAGCAAGAUGAGCACAGGGAAAAAAUUUCAGUCAGAGGAGAUGCAACUAGGAGGUGAAGUCUGCAAUUCAAAUAGCAUUUUUGUCAAUAAGCCUUCUGGAGGGUGGCUGCAUUCAAAUGAAAAGAUCCUGGGACCUGGUGUGACGUUUGAAGUGAAGUAUUUGGGCUGCUUAGAAGUUUUACGCUCAAUGAGGUCUCUUGACUUUAGUACAAGAACUCAGAUUACAAGGGAAGCAAUCAGCCGUGUUUGUGAAGCAGUACCUGGUGCCAAAGGAGGCUUCAGAAAACAGAAGCCACCACGGAAAGUCUUAUCCAACAUCCUGGGAAAGAGUAACCUUCAGUUUGCAGGGAUGAACAUAACCUUGAAUAUAUCCACCACUAGCCUAAACCUAAUGACACCUGAUUCAAAACAGAUUAUAGCAAAUCAUCACAUGCAGUCUAUUUCCUUUGCCUCUGGAGGUGAUCCGGAUACAACAGAUUAUGUUGCAUAUGUAGCUAAGGACCCUGUUAAUCAUAGAGCCUGCCAUAUCCUGGAAUGCUCUGAUGGCCUGGCUCGAGAUGUUAUCAGCACUAUAGGUCAAGCUUUUGAGCUUCGAUUCAAGCAGUAUUUACAAUGUCCUUCAAAGAUACCUGCUCUUCAUGACUGCAGGCAAAGUCUGGAUGAACCAUGGACGGAGGAAGAGGGAGAAAGAGCAGAACAUCCAUAUUAUAAUAGCAUUCCCAACAAAGUGCCCCAUACAGGAGAGUUUCUUGAUGUUAGAGCAAAGACCAAAAUUUGUGCUACUGACACAAGCAAGACUGCAGGAAAAGAGCAAACUUACUACCAGGGACGGCACUUAGGAGGCAAAUUCAGUGACGAUUGGCAUCAUGCACCUAUUCAUCAAGGUUCUUUGGACAGCUAUAAUAUGCCAGAAGGAAAAUCCCAAGUAACUCCUCUGGGAGAGGCACCAAUCUAUGUGAAUACUCAAUGUGUAAAUAUUCAAGUUUUGCAGGCCCUUCAGGUUGAUGCUGAAAGUGUAUUCAAUGAAUCGGUAGAUGCUACCAAAGACAACAGCCCAAGAAAAGACUUAUUUGACAUGAGACCUUUUGAAGAUGCCCUCAGGAACCAAACCAUGGAAACUUUGUUGAGUAAAGCUAUGUCCGUGGAAAACACAAGCCCAAUUUUAUCCAGAGCAGCUGACUGUAGAAUGAUGGAAGAGUUGAAGGCAGAGCCCUGGUAUCAAGGAGAAAUGAGCAGGAAAGCAGCAGAGCAGCUACUAAAAACAGAUGGAGACUUCCUUGUCAGAAAAAGCACUACCAAUCCAGGAUCCUAUGUCCUGACAGGGAUACAUAAUGGCCAAGUCAAGCAUCUUCUUUUAGUUGACCCAGAAGGAAAUGUUCGAACAAAGGACCAAGUUUUUGACAGCAUAAGUCACCUCAUCAACCAUCAUCUUGAGAAUAAUUUGCCCAUAAUAUCAGCUGGGAGUGAACUCUGCCUUCAGCAGCCUGUGCAAAGGAAACAGUGAACCUUCAGCAACUUAAAAUCUCUGUCUUCUUUGAGCUCUGUUCACCGGUCAUUGCAUAUACGAGACCAUUUAAAUCCAAAGUGCAUUCAUGGUUGCUUUGUUUCUCAUCUUGAGAAGACCAGGCAAGUCAGAAAUGGGUAAUGCAUGGGGCUUAAUAAAACUGAAAACUUUCUUAAAAUAUGAUUUCAAUAACAUUGUUCCAAUCCCUUCAUGUGAAUUUUUGAGGUGUACAUCUCAUACAUUUUGUGCAAAUACAACCUCUGCAUAUAUUUAUAAAGGCUGUGAAAAAUGAGA